AUGAAUUAUCCAUCAUUCUUCAGAAGCUGGGUGGCCUAUAUUUUUCUGCUUCUACAGUAUCCAGCCCAGACUAUGGGCAUCUUGUACCCUUUUUGGCCCAAUGACACCAAAACCCCCAAAGUGGAUGACGGCAGCUCUUCAGAAAUCAAGCUCUCCUUCCCCUUCAUUUUCUUUGGCGCACCAUACAGGACCAUUUUUGUCAACAACAAUGGAGUGGUUUCCUUUAAUGUGCUGGUCAGCCAGUUUACCCCAGAAUCCUUCCCUCUAGCUGAUGGACGGGCUUUCAUCGCUCCUUUCUGGGCAGAUGUCCACAAUGGCAUCCAGGGAGAAAUCUACUACCGGGAGACCACUGAUCCCGUGCUGCUAAAGAAAGUCUCUAAAGAUAUCAGGAAGUAUUUUAAGAACAUGCCUUCCUUCACUGCCCUCUCGGUUUUUAUCGCUACCUGGGAUGAAGUCACUUUCUACGGAGGGAGUAGCACAACCCCGGUGAACACUUUCCAAGCGCUCCUUAUCUCGGAUGGAACAUCCUCCUUUGCCAUGUUCAAUUAUGAAGAAAUUAACUGGACCACUGGAACGGCGAGUGGAGGGGACCCUCUAACUGGUCUCGGUGGAGUGAUGGCCCAGGCUGGCUUCAACGGUGGAAACAGUACCAACUAUUUUAGCAUUCCUGGUUCCAGAACCCCAGACAUUGUCAACAUCGAAGAGACCACCAAUGUCAAUGUGCCAGGUCGUUGGGUAUUCAAAAUUGAUGGUAGGGAGAUUGAUCCAGCCAAUGGAUGCAGUUUUAGAGGCCAAUUUCUCCGUCAAGGGGAGAUCUUCUGGGAAAGUGUCAACUGCUCCACCAAGUGCCGUUGCCUGGAUUUCAACAAUGAACUCUUCUGCCAGGAGGUGUCCUGUGGCCCGUAUGAAAUCUGCGAGGCGAAGGACAAAUUCUUCCAGUGUGUGUCGAUGGAGAGCAGCACAUGUGUCAUCUUCGGAGAUCCGCACUACCAUACCUUCGACGGCUUCCUUUUCCACUUCCAAGGGUCCUGCUCCUACUUACUUGCCAGGCAGUGUUGGCCAGGAUCCCGCUUGCCCUUCUUCAGCGUGGAAGCCAAGAAUGAGAAUCGUGGAGGUUCUUCUGUCUCCUGGCUGAAGGACAUCUCCAUUGAGAUCUAUUCGCACAAAAUUGUCAUUCCCAAAGGCAGCUUUGGGAAGAUUAUGAUAGAUGACUUGGUCAUGUCUCUGCCUGUCUUUUUGGAACUGGGAGCCAUAAAAAUCUAUCAGAGUGGCAUGUCGACCGCUGUGGAAACUGACUUUGGCCUUUUGGUGACCUAUGACGGCGACCAUUAUGCUGCCAUUUCAGUUCCCGGCUCCUACAUUAAUGCUACCUGUGGCUUGUGUGGGAACUACAACAAGAAUCCUGAAGAUGAUGUCCUGCGCUCCGAUGGGAAACUGGCCACUUCUGUCCUGGAUCUGGGAGAGAGCUGGAGGGUUUAUCAUCCUGAAUGGAAGUGCUCCCCGGGCUGCUUAGACAAUUGUAGUCUUUGUGACAUGGCGAUGGAGUCUCUCUACUUCGGCCCCGAGUACUGUGGCUUCAUCAACAAAACGGGAGGCCCUUUGUGGGAAUGUGGGGCCAUUGUCGACCCCAUGGCAUUUGUGCACAGCUGCGUGUAUGAUUUGUGCAGCAUCCGUGAUAAUGGCACAGGAGGACUUUGCCAAGCCAUUCAAGCCUACGCCUUGGUUUGCCAGGCCUUAGGGAUCCCGAUUGGAGACUGGAGAGGGCAGACAGGAUGCGCAACUGCUGUAAGCUGUCCAGAGUUCAGCCACUACUCCAUCUGUACUAGUAGCUGCCCAGCCACCUGCUCGGAUUUAACGGCCCCUUUGAACUGCAACUCUCCUUGCACUGAAGGCUGUGAGUGCGUCGAAGACUAUGUUCUCAGCACUGACACCUGUGUCCCUGUUCAAGAGUGUGGUUGCGAUGUGGAUGGCCGCUACCAUGCUGUGGGGGAAUCCUUCUGGGCUUCUGUGGACUGCACAGUGCAAUGCUGGUGUGAAGAAGAAGGAGAUGUCAACUGUUUCAAUGCCACUUGUCAGGAAGGAGAAGUGUGUACAGUCGAGAAAGGCUAUCAAGGGUGUUACCCCAAGCGGGAGACUUUGUGUUUGGUUUCUCAGGAUCAAGUCCUGCACACUUUUGAUGGAGUUGGCUUUGUUUAUCCCUCGGACAAUUCUUACACCUUGGUAAAAACAUGCCCGGACAGGCCCACUUACCUGGAAGUGGACAUCAGCAAAAAGAAACCAGACUCGAAUUCUGACUGGCUUCGUACCUUGAUGAUCCAAGUUGCCAACCACGAUGUUAAGAUUGGUGGUGUAGACAACUCUGAAAUCAAGGUGAAUGGAUAUGAAAUGGAGCUUCCAUAUUUCCACCCUUCUGGGCAACUAGAAAUCUACCGGAAUAAAAAUGGGACUGUUGUUGAAUUGGAUGGACUCAUCCAUAUCCACUAUUCAGACUUGGGCAUCUUGGAGAUAUCUCUCUCCACCACGUAUUUCAACUGUACUGGAGGCCUCUGUGGCUAUUUCAAUGGAAACAGCAGUGAUGAAUUCUGUCUUCCCAACGGGAAAUGCACAGAUAACCUGGUGGUUUUCCUGGACAGCUGGACAACCUUCAAUGAGAUCUGCAACGGGGAAUGCGGCGACCUUCUCAAGGCCUGCAACAAUGAUUCAGAGCUUCUGAAAGACUACCGCAGCCGCUCCAAAUGUGGAGUCAUCAAUGACCCCACCAACAGCUCAUUCCUGGAGUGCCACUCUGUGGUGAAUGUGUCCACAUAUUACAGGACCUGCAUUUUCCGUCUGUGCCAGAGUGGAGGAAAUGAGUCAGAGCUCUGCGACUCGGUAGCUCGCUAUGCCAGCGCGUGUAAGAAUGCGGAAGUGGACAUUGGCCAGUGGAGAAGCUUAACCUUUUGCCCGCUUGCCUGUCCUGAGAACAGCCACUUUGAGGAAUGCAUGUCCUGCUCUGAAUCCUGUGACACUCUGAGCAUGGGGCCCAUUUGCCUGGACAGUUGUGUGGAGGGUUGCCAGUGUGACAAAGGCUUUGUGCUCCAGGGCACCCAAUGCAUUCUCCGUAGCGACUGCGGCUGCAGUUUUGAGGGCCACCAGCUCUCCACCAAUCAGUCCUUCUGGAUGGACAUCGACUGUCAGUACUUCUGCUACUGCAAUGGCUCUGACAACAGUGUGCGCUGUGAGAACCUCCCUUGCAAAGAGGAUGAAUACUGCCUGGAGGAGAAUGGCUUAUAUUAUUGCCAGGCCCGCACAGAUGCCUCCUGCAUCAUUUCCGGCUACAGCCAUUACUUGACCUUCGAUGGAUUUGCGUUUGACUUUCAGAGCAGUUGUCCUUUGGUCCUCUGCACCACCAUUGACCGCCAGAGGUCCGAGAGGUCCGAUACUUUCCCUGAGUUUACAGUGGUUGCCAAGAAUGAAGAUCGAGACCCUUCUCUGGCUCUGUGGGUGAAGCAGGUGGAAGUGGAAGUUUUCAGCUACAGCAUUGUGAUCCAUCGAGCCUACAAACAUACUGUGCUUAUCAACAAGGAACGUCUUUACUUGCCAUUGAAGCUGGGCCAAGGGAAGAUCAACAUAUUCACCUUCGGCUUCCACAUCAUUAUAGAGACCGAUUUUGGGCUGAAGGUGGUGUAUGACUGGAGGACCUUCCUCUCCAUCACAAUUCCACGGAACCUCCAAAAUAGCACAUAUGGCCUUUGCGGGAGAUACAAUGGCAACCCUGAGGAUGAUCUUCAGACCUCUGGUGGCUUUGUGGUCUCCAGCAUUAAUGAGUUUGGCCACAGCUGGGCCAAGCGGGACCCUUUUUGCCAGGCUGGCUGUGGUGAUAGGUGCCCAACCUGUCGUAAGGUAGAAGGCUUCUGGAAGCCUCAGCAGCUGUGCAGUUUGAUUCCUAGCAAGAGUGGUGUCUUCUCCAGGUGUCACAGUAAGGUCAACCCAGCCUUCUUCUACAAGAACUGCUUAUUUGACACCUGCAUUGAUGGUGGAGCAGUGCAGACAGCUUGCAGCUGGCUGCAAAAUUAUGCCAGCACUUGCCAAACCCAGGGGAUAGCAGUCACGGGCUGGAGGAACUUCACCUCAUGCUCGGUCAGUUGUCCUCCCAACAGCCACUACGAAAGCUGCGUGAGCGUCUGCCAGCCUCGUUGUGCUGCCAUCCGGCUGAAAAGUGGCUGCAACCAUUAUUGCGUGGAAGGAUGUCAGUGCGAUCCAGGCUACGUUCUCAAUGGUAAAAGCUGCAUUCUUCCUCACAACUGUGGCUGUUACUCAGAUGGAAAAUAUUACGAGCCUAAGCAGCUUUUCUGGAACAGCGACUGCACCCGCCGUUGCCGUUGCUUUCGACGAAACCUGAUCCAGUGCGACCCUCGGCAGUGUAAAUCCGAUGAGGAAUGCGCCCUGCAGAAUGGAGUCCGGGGUUGCUUCAGCAUGAAGAGCUCCUACUGCAUUGCUGCAGGAGGAGGGGUCUUCCGCACAUUUGAUGGUGCCUUCCUCCACUUCCCUGCCAACUGUGCCUUCGUCCUCUCCACUAUCUGCCAAAAGCUCCCCGACAUCUCCUUCCAGCUCAUCAUCAAUUUUGAUAAGUGGACUUAUCCCAACUUGACCAUAAUUUCACCAGUUUACUUUUAUAUUAAUGAGGAGCAGAUUCUUAUCAGCGAUCGAAAUACAAUUAAGGUAAAUGGGACAUCAGUGAGCAUUCCUUUUGUGACUGGUUUGUCAACCAAAAUCUACAGCCUGGAAGGUUUCCUGGUCAUAGACACAAGCCCAGAUAUCCAGAUCCACUACAAUGGGUUCAACAUUAUCAAAAUUGCCAUUAGUGAACGCUUGCAAAACAAAGUUUGUGGGCUUUGUGGAAAUUUUAAUGGAGAUUACACUGAUGAUUAUGUCACCCUCCGAGGAAAGCCAGUCGUCAGCAGCGUGUUCCUGGCCCAGAGCUGGAAAACCAAUGGCAUGCAGAAGAGGUAACGGGUGGGGCCAAGUGAUUGCAAUGAGCUCCAGUAUUCACAAUAUGCUGCCGCUUGUGACAACGUUCAAAUCCAAAUCCUGCAGAGUGACAGCUACUGCCUCAGGCUCACUGAUAUGAAAGGUUUCUUCCAGCCUUGUUAUGGACUGCUGGACCCAUUGCCUUUUUAUGAAUCAUGCUUUCUUGAUGGCUGCUACAAUCAGAAGAAGUAUCAGCUCUGUGGCUCCUUAGCAGCAUAUGGGGAGGCCUGUCGUUCCUUUGGGAUCCUCAGUACAGAGUGGAUUGAGAAGGAAAAUUGCUCAGGAGUGGUUGAAGAUCCCUGCAUGGGAGCAGAUUGCCCCAACAGAACUUGUGAUGUAGACAACGAUGGAGAACUGUGCGGCUGCAUUGAACCUCCUACCUAUGGAAACAACACACAUGAUAUUCUAGAUGCUGAGGUGACCUGCAAAGCUGCCCUAAUGGAGGUGUCCAUCUCAAAGUGCAAGCUGUUCCAACUGGGUUUUGAAAGGGAAGGUGUCCGCAUCAAUGAUCGCCGUUGUCCUGGCAUUGAAGGCGAAGAUUUCAUCUCCUUCCAGAUCAACAACACCAAGGGCAAUUGUGGAAACAUCGUACAGUCUAACAGCACCCACAUUAUGUAUAAAAACACAGUCUGGAUUGAAAGUGCAAACAACACUGGAAAUAUCAUUACUCGAGACAGGACCAUCAAUGUUGAAUUUUCCUGUGCAUAUGAGCUUGACAUUAAAAUUUCUUUGGAUUCUGUUGUGAGACCAAUGCUCAGUGUCAUUAAUCUAACUGUGCCUACAAAGGAAGGCAGUUUCACUACCAAAAUGGCCCUAUAUAAAAAUUCAUCCUAUAAGCAUCCCUACAGGCAAGGAGAAGUUGUGCUAACCACGCGUGAUGUAUUGUACGUUGGUGUCUUUGUGCUGGGAGCAGAUUCCACUCACCUCAUCCUCACACUGAACAAAUGUUAUGCAACACCAUCAAGAGACAGCAAUGACAAGCUCAGAUAUUUCAUCAUUGAAGAAGGUUGUCAGAAUAUAAAGGAUAAUACUAUUGGAAUUGAGGAGAAUGGGGUCUCCCUCACCUGCCGUUUUCAUGUUACUGUUUUCAAAUUCAUUGGAGAUUAUGAUGAGGUUCAUUUGCACUGUGCGGUCUCGCUCUGUGAUUCGGAAAGAUACUCAUGUAAAAUAAAUUGUCCACAGAAUACCCGGAGGGCCAAUGAUUAUUCCAAAAAUCUCAAUGAGCAAAUCAUUUCUGUGGGACCAAUCAGAAGAAAACGCCUAGAUUGGUGUGAAGACAAUGGAGGCUGUGAACAGAUAUGCACAAGCCAGGUGGAUGGGCCACUCUGCAGCUGCGUAACUGGAACCUUGCAGAAAGAUGGCAAGAGCUGUCGAGCAACCAGCUCUUCAACUGAGGCUCAAGCCAGGCUGUUUCUGCUCCUUGUCAGCCAGUUGUUCUUAUGGUGUAAUCUUUCUCAGUCCAGCCCAGCUACAUAGUUUAUCGAAGUACUGGAAUUUGCUAUAACCUCCUAGGUCCCUAUAAACAUGUACAACUCUGAACCUGCAAUCCACGUGACUGUCCAACACCAUUUGUAAUGACAGAUUUUUGUCUGUUACAGCACUGGUGUUAUUGGCCUCUUUAAAUGGUAUUAACGAAGUUGUAAAAAUGUUAACAGGGCAUCACAUUCUUCUGAACUA